AUGAUGAGUUCCAUCGCGCAGCUUCCGAUAAUGGCGGUAGUCCAAGAUUUGCACUCUGGCGCAGCAGCCGAGUCCAAGCGGCUUUUGCAGGAACAUGUGGUGUUGAAGGAUCACAUCGCGACCCGCAAGACCCGCGAGUUCUUGAAGUCUCAUUUACGACCCGUGCAAGCACCAAUGCUGCCGGAGGCAUCGGCAUCAGGGCUUCUCCAGAAAGUGCAGCAAGCGCCCACAACGACAGUCACGCACAAGUCGUGGCUUUCCAGGAUGGGUGAGGCUUUUGCCAGUGUGAUUAUGGGCCUGGCGAUGAUACCAUUUUCACUGGCAUUGAUGUGGAUGAACGAGCGGAGAAAUGCCCAGCAGGAGACCAUCCUCAAGCUGGGGAAGACGGAGGUCCAAACCAUUUCCUCGAAGUCUGUCGAUGAGACGUUGCACGGGACGCUGGUUCAUCUAAACGACGCAGACGCGACAGGCAUGGAUGAGAUGAAGGACCGGCGGUUCCCCGUUCUGUGCAUGCAGAGUGGCUGCCUGAGGUUGAAGAGCGAGGUUCAAGUGUAUCAGUGGCAAGAGACCAAGACCGAGGAGACGACCAAAGACUCAGUGGGUGGUGGCGAGACGACGACUACGCGGUACGAGUACGACAAGAUCUGGUCUGAUUCGGAAAUAGACUCGUCGUCGUUUCAGCAGCCGUCUCACAGCAACUCGAUAUCUGUUUCCGGUCUGAGCUGUGGCACGGAAGAGACAACCAACGCCACCGUCAAGUAUGGUGAGAGCCACUACUUGCCCCAGCAGUUGGUGCAGCAGCUGGGCGACUGGCAGGAUGCCAACGGCCUCCUCAAAGUCGUGGAGUUCAACGGCUCGCAGUUCGCGCAAGCGGAGGAGUGGUUCUAUUACCCGGCAGCUGCUGCCAGAUCACCCACAGUUGGUAGUGUUCGCGCCUGCUUCAAGUACGUGCCCGAUGGACCGGCGUCGGUCAUCGCCCUGCAAACGGAUGACCGGCAGCAUGCAAAUGCAGCCACCUUCUUGCCCUAUCGACUGGUUUAUCGAGGCCUCUGCGGUGGCCGUUCCGGAGAGGCCCUGCAAAAGGCGCUCCUGGCCCAGGGGUCCAAGGACGGUGAGGAGCUGUACGAAGAGGAAGCCUGCACCACGGGCCCGUUCGCUUGCCUGUGCUGCUGUUGCAACCUGAUCACCAGGUGCUUCUCCCACUUGGCCCCGCCGCAGAUCUUCGCUGCGUUUCACGGGCACAGCAGCCCCAAUGAGUGUUUGGAGAAGCUGGCCCUGCUUGGACUGAUGAUGAAGUGGGGGCUGCGGCUGCUGUCCUGGCUCCUGCUGUAUGCUGGCACCUACGCCCUCUUUCAGCCAUUGCUGGUCUUCGUGGACAUCGUUCCAUUCCUUGGGCCUUACAUCAGCAGCGGCGCGGGUUGGGUCAUUGGCGUGGCGGUGUUCCUGGUGACCGCCAUGCUGGCCACGUUGGUCAUCUCCAUUGCCUUCCUCCUCUACCACCCACUGGUGGGCUUGACCUACAUGGCCUGCGUUGGCCUUCUCGUCGCCGUCACCGUCGGCAUCUCGCGCGUGAUGUCUGCCUAG